GAUGUCUUAAGAAAAAUCUAGUUACGUGACCCCUUCGGUGAGGCGGGUAUCGUCAAAUUCUAUGAUUACUUCACUUGGUAGGACUAUCAUUGUAUUUUACUUGAAAGGGUAGCAUAUUCAACAAUUUAAACAGCUUGACAUCAAUCUCCAUGAUUAUAUCCAAUCACACACACUCAACAUUAAGGAAAUCCAAUCAAUCUUUAAAUAAGUCACUACCUCACUAAUGUUUAUGCAUUCCCUCGGAAUCACACACACCGAUCUCAAGCCUGAAAACGUUGUCUUUGCCAAUCAACAAAAGUACCCAGAUCAAUUAAAUGACUAAGACAUUUAGUUAAACUAAUAGACAUGGGAGGUGCCACUCAAGCCAAUGAACAUCACAGUACCGUCAUCAAUACUAGGUAAUACAGAGCACCUGAGGUCAUUAUGCGAUGCGACACCUGGGACACCUCAAGUGACANGUAUCAAGAGAAGAAAUUGAAGCACCUUGGAGAGAUGAAGUGCUCUAUUUAUAAUCUCUUAUUGCAGAAUUAGAGAAGAAGAAGGAGGUGUAAAUAGUUAAGGAGAUGGACAAUACAAGAGUAAAUGUACAAUUUAAAUUUAGGUUCAUGAACUAGAAGAUGAGAAUCAAAGAUUGAGAGUUUUAAUUGAACAGACUCGCAGCGAAGUGAUUACUUAAAGAAUAACAGAAGUCAACAAUGAAGCGGAAGUGUGGAAGAGGAAGUUUUAGGAAAUAAACCAUGAUUAUAGUGAGACUCAAGAGAAAUUGAUGAAUGCUGAAAUUGAAUUAGAAGCUCUGAAAAAGCAGAAGGUAUGGCUAUGAGGUGUAUUAGAGAUUGUGACUACGAGUAGUACGGUAACGAGGUCAGUCGUGAAAAGUUCAGGUUCAACUGUCAGAUAGUCGGUGUCUGGUAUUAAACCAAAUGUUUGA